GUAUCCAUUUUUGUUUAAGAAAGAUAAUUUACGUGGAGACCACAGCCCCAGGCCGCCAGCACGGUGAGUGGGGUCAUGACUUGCCAAAACCAGCUGGUAGUUUCAAGUUCGCUCUUUUAUUACAUCGUCAGCUGCUCUUUGGUAAGAUCUGAGAUCUCUUUCUCUCUCCCUCUCUCUAUCUGACAGCGGACGGAGUAAGAACCAAGCCUCCCUUCCAUUUCUCUAAUCCUAUUCUUUUCGUGCACUUAAAGGGAGCUAGCUCUAUGGAGAAGGGUGGAAAACACAGAAAUCUUUGAGAUCUGGUAGCUAGCUCUCUCUCCCAGCUGCAGGUGCUCUUCCGCUGCAUUUUGCUUCAAAUUUUUACCCUGGGACACAACAGGAAAUUUGAGGAAUUAAAGUACAAAGAAGAAUGGGGAAGAAAGGGAGCUGGUUUUCUUCGGUGAAGAAGGCUUUCAGCCCUGAAUCUAAGAAAGGAAGAAAAGCAAAUAAAAAGCGGUUGGAGAAAGAACAAGUUCAGGUUCCAGACUCCUCAGUUUUGGAAACUCCUAUUGUAUCACUGCAACCACCUCCACCUCCACCACCACCACAAGAGGUGGAAUUUUCUGAAGUGGAGAACGAGCAAACAAAGCACGCUCUCUCGGUUGCAGCUGCCACCGUGGCAGCUGCGGAGGCUGCUGUAGCUGCUGCUCAGGCUGCCGCAGAAGUUGUUAGGCUAAGUUCCCCAAAUCAAUUUGCAGGAAAGUCAAAGGAUGAAACUGCUGCCAUCAGAAUUCAGACUGUGUUCCGAGGAUAUCUGGCUAGGAGGGCAUUGAAGGCCCUAAGAGGACUUGUGAGGCUGAAAUCACUUGUUGAUGGGCCUACUGCCAAAAGGCAAACUGCAAAUGCUCUUAAAUGCAUGCAGAGUCUUUCACGUGUACAGUCUCAGAUUCAUUCCAGAAGGAAUAGAAUGUUGGAGGAAAAUAGAGCUCUCCAAAAACAGAUUAUGCAGAAACACGCCAAGGAACUGGAGAACUUGAGGAGGGGAGAGGAGUGGGAUGAUAGUGUACAGUCAAAAGAGAAAGUUGAAGCGAACUUGUUGAGCAAAUUUGAAGCUGCUAUGAGACGAGAAAGAGCACUUGCUUAUUCAUAUUCCCAUCAGAAAACUUGGAAGAAGUCCUCAAGGUCUGCAAAUUUAUUGUUUAUGGACCCCACAAAUCCACAGUGGGGAUGGAGCUGGUUGGAACGGUGGAUGGGGGCUAGACCAUGGGAAACAGAUGGCGUGCCAGGGAAAGAGGUUAGGAAUGACCAGUUGUCAGUGAGAGGCGAAAGUAGCCUAAUUGUGGGAGAGAUUACCAAGUCAUAUGCUCGCCAUCUGCUAUCUACAGCCGAACAGCCUUCUUCACCGUCCCCAAGCCAAAAGCCAAGUCACUCCUCAGCUCGCCAUUCCCCUGCUACUCCUCCUUCCAAACUACCGCCGGCCAGAAAACUAAAAUCACCAAGCCAGAGAGCAAGUGCCAUCACCGCCCAAGAUGAUGACACGAGAAGCGUGUUGAGUGUACAAUUAGAGGGAAAUGGGACGAGGCGAAGGAGGCAUAGUAUUGCUGGAUCAUCAUCAUCUGUUAGAGAUGACGAGAGUUUGUCAAGCACCACAUCUGUACCCAGCUAUAUGGCACCCACUCGUUCAGCAAGGGCCAAGACACGCUUACAGAGCCCUUCAGAUUUGGAGGAGGAAAGUGGGCCUGCUGCUGCUGUUACCGUUAAGAAGCGCCUUUCCUACCCACUGUCUCCUGCUAGCAGGCCAAGGCGGUAUUCAGGCCCCCCCAAAGCCCAAAACAUCUCUAUUAUCUCAACCUGAUUGAUACCAUUGCUGAGAUCCAUUCUUCAUUUUUCUUCAAUACUUGUCUUGUACCAAUAAGAUGUGCUGGUGCUCUUGUGUUUGUUGCCUAUAUAUAAAGUGAGAGAGAUAGUAAAAGGAGGAAAUUAAUGGUACGUUCCAUUUAUUUUCAUACACCAACAUCUCUAUACCCAAUUCUUAAUUCAUUAUUACUGUGUCAAGCGGGGCUCCAGAGUUUCUUUGGGCUACUCUUGCUAUAUAUGCAACUCUCUUCCACUUGUCGAAGAUUGUAAUACUUACAUAUUUUAUGUAAUUAAAUGAAUGAAUAGUUCUUAUCUUACUUCAUGUCUGUGUGAGCGUACUUCGUGAUGUACCCCAAGAAAGGAAGUUAGAUGAUCAUUAACUUCUUCUCUUUGUACUGAAAUACAUACUUAGAUAGCUAACAAAUCAUACUUUACUACAUUGAACUACGUAUUAAUUAUUAUUCUUACACCGUGAUGUACCCCAACUCCCAAAGGACAUGUUUACUUCGUGGAUUAAUAAACAAUGCUUAUUAAA